AUGAAGACCGCAUUCUUCAACAUUGCCGCCCUGGCCUUCACCGCCAUCUCUGGCACCAUUGCCAAUCCCGCCCCUAACGGAAUGGCAGUUGACAUCUCCGAGCGCGACGGAGUUCUUGAAGUCCGUGAAGUUCCCCGUGCCGAGGCUGGCAUUCAAUGCAGAGAGUGUGUUCAUCUCGGUGGUCGCUGCACCAUUGGUGAUGGAAGCUGCUAUGCUUCUGAGCAUGCUAGUUGUCGCUGGUGUGGAAAUCACUGCAAGUCUCGAUGUAUUGGUGAUGGACAGACUUGUGAGCAGUGGUGUCUCUAA